ACUCCCCAUAGCAACCGAAAAGUUGAUACAGAAAGUUCUACGCAGUCCGACUGCAAACACACCGAGUUACAAAUAUAUUGGAUUCUGCAUUCUGCCAACAUGGCGCUACCUCUGCUCCCGGGCAAUUCCUUCAACAGAAAUCUUGGAAAGGAGAAGUUCAACAAGUCCCAGCAUUUCGAUUAUUCCAAUGGCAUCCCGAAGAUGGUGGGUGAAGAGAAGCCGGGCAUUGGAGGAGAGCUGCUACUGGGACAGAAGAUGCGCCCCAAGUACACGGUGUUCCCCAAAGGAGAGGGCAGCGAUGCACCAUCCUGGGUUGCCUUCGACAAACAAGUGUUGUGCUUUGAUGCCUACUUCCAAGAAUCUGUACAUGAAAAGAGGGAGGAGCAGUUCAGAAUCAGAAGGUGCAAAAUUUACUUCUACCUCGAGGAUGACACCAUACAAGUUGUGGAGCCAGAAAUAAAGAACAGUGGGAUUCCGCAAGGUACUUUUAUUCGGCGUCACCGCAUUCCCCUCCCACCACCAUACGAUGAUGAGUGUUACACACUGGAGCACUUCAACAUCGACCAGGAGAUGGUGUUCUACUCCCGGACCUUCACGAUCACUGACUGUGAUGCGUUCACCAGGAACUUCCUGAGGAAACUGGGGGUGCGACUGAACUCCCCCAGCACCACCCCCAAGGACCCAUACAGCACUGUCCGCAAUCAGAUGCAGGAGAGCAUGAAACCCCUGCGGCCCUUUGAGCGCUUAGAUAAGCUGAAGCAGUUCCUGGAUCACGACCGGCACGUCCUGCGAUUCUUCUGUUUCUGGGAUGACUCGGACACAAUGUUUGGGGACCCUCGGGAGCUCACGCUGCACUACUUCCUGGCGGACGACACCAUCGAGAUUCGAGAGGUGGUGCAGGCCAACUCAGGCAGGGACGCGGCACCCAUGUUCCUCCAAAGGAACAAACUGCCUAAGCAUGCACCAGCUCCUAAACAUCAGCCUGGUGAAAUAGCAGAUCGCACCGUUCUCAAUGUGUUUGGUCCAAUGGGACACGGGGGGCGCUACAUUUUGGAUAGCCGUAAGACUGGAGCUGUGCAUGAAGAGUUCUACAAGGAUUGUGACCUGGCCAUAGGGGCUGUGAUAAAUGUGUGGGGGAGGAAAGUGAUAAUCUGUGACUGCGACGGAUUCACCAAGGAAUACUACCGCACAAAAUAUGGAGUCGAGGACUUUACUCCAGUGAGACACAGAGCCUCUACAGGCCCUAGACUGGAAAAGAAAGUUCCCCCUUACAAUGGGUUUGGAUCAGAGGAAGACUCGCUGUGCUCAUGCCAAGGGUUGAUGCCGAAACCACCUCAGAAAGACUUCAGGAAGAUGAUGGAGAAAGACAGACAUGGACUGGACAGCAAUGUGCUGCGCUUCGUUGCCAAAAUGAUUACGGACAGUCCUGUUGACAGCGAGCGGAAGUUUAUCAUCUCCUACUUCCUUUGUGAUGACACCAUUGCUGUGUUUGAGCCUCCACAGAGGAACUCAGGGGUAAUCGGAGGCAAGUUUUUGGAAAGAGGGCGGAUAAAGAAGCCAGAGCAGGAGCUGUUCAAGAGCGAGCUGUCAGAGUUCUUCAAGACGCAGGACCUGUUUGUGGGAGCCAAGCUGUCUUUCAAUGGGUACAACUUCCAGCUGGUGGACGCUGACGAGUACACCUUCAACUACAUGGAGAAGCACGCAGACGAGUUCCCCAUGGCUAACAUUAGCACCAUCAUCAGCAAGAUGAAAGAAAUCUGUGACACCAAACUGAAGGAAAUUAAAAAGUCCUUUGUGAUGAACGACCCAACAAGCACUGGAGUUAUUGAAUAUGCUCCAUUCAGGAAUCUCCUGACUGAGGUGGCAGAGGGUCAGCUGUCUGAACAUGAGAUCAUGACUGUGGGGCGCCACUACAACAUUCGGGAGCAGCACAAGACAGACACUGACCUACUGGUGUCUGUGGCUCAGGAGCAGCUGAGGAAAAAAACAUUUGAAAGCUUCUUAGAACUGGCUAAUUUCUUUGUGCACAACGACCGGAAAAAGAGCGGAUUUCUGCCCAUCCAGGAGAGCAGGACGCUUUGCAAAGCUUUUAAGCUGCCUGUGGCCGAUGAUCUGCUGAGAGAAAUCAUGGCAAGGUUUCAAAAUGACCAAGAGGAACUGGAUUACAAUGCAUUCCUGUCAGCAUUAGACUGGAAAGAGCAUCCUUUACCAUAUUCUCAACCAGGAGCACUUAUCCAGACUGCCAGUGACUGGAACAGAGAAGCCACUUCUCCAGCAGUGAAAAAUAUCAACUACAUGAUCUUAGUAGAGGAUGUCUUUGGCAAACAAGAUUAAAGCUCAGCCCACCGCUACCACACCUGCGUUGACUCGGGAGGGGCGAAGACGAACACACGCUGUCCUCCGAAGCAUGUGCCGUCAGCCAAAUGUAUAAAUGUCUGUUUUUAAGUCAGGGUGCAGUGCUAAAUUGUGCACAAUCACAGGCAGCCACAGUCAAAACGGCUCCAGUUUAGGCCAACAUACCAUAAGCCAAUGGCCCUUCUAUUGCAACACAUCAUCUCUGUAUAUGGAAGAACUAUCUCAUGCUCUCCGGCCAUGCAGAAAGGUCACAAGGGGGGUUUGCCAGACUUUACCCAAAAUGAAAACAUACUUUAACAAUCCUGAAUGAGCGUGCUAUUCAAUUGUUUGUCGCUAGUGGAGUUUAAAAAGACAAGCAGUCGUCAUCUGCAGGUUCAGAGCAGUGUAACCAGACCCCUGUUAUCAACCCUGCAUCUCUUACUGGGACUGAAGCGGCACAUUACAUCACUUGGGCAUUAUCAAGUUUUCAUUCUUAGCUUUCACACUUGCUAAAAUGUUAGUCACCCGAGCACACAGCCCCUCGGUUACAGCACAAGGUUGACGUCCAUAAGAUGUGAAGCAUAUGUGGCCUUUUAUGACUUCCAAAAGAGGGAACGAGAAAGUCUUUCUUGAGAGUAAGCAGUAAGGUGCUUUUGCAGCACUGCACUUCUGUGCACUUUUUAUUAAAAGGCAGAUUUCAGCUUUGCAAUGGGGGGCAUAGUGGCACUGUGUCUUAAAAUAGUAGUACCUUCACAGAGUAUUCUAUAUUUAUAUGCAACCUGCAUGAAAAAAAAGAAAGAUUUUAAAAUAAAACUUGUGUGUGUGUUCUUCCUAGCCAGUCAACAACCAGAUGUUAACUUCCACUAUUUUUUAUUUUCAUUAUGCAUUUGUAUACAGGUUCAUAAUGGCAGAAUGAAAGAGGCACAGCAACAUAUUUUAAUAACACAGGUUUCCUUAAUGAAACCAAUGUAUGCAUACAAAGGGUACAGUAAUACCAGACCCAGCAUCAUUACAAGCAGACAGCAGCUCAUGAAGCAUUAACACGGUGUUUGGAAGAAACCAGCUGCAGAUUCAUUUUUGUCCAAAACUUUUUUUUGUUUCAAAUUGAUUUUUAACACCUGCAGGUUUAGGCAUUUUUCCCAAAACGCCUUAAAAAAAUGUCUUCAGAAAAUCUGCCUAAUAAAAUAGCAGCCACCUGAAACCUGACCUCAGCUGCUUUCAUCUCACAGUAAGGUUUUAACCUCUGCACUGCCUGUACAAAGCUGAAUUAUAGAAAAAAAUUAUUCCGCACAGGGAACUGCAGGCUUUCAAUCCUGUAAAGGAAGGCAGUGAUAACUCAGUUAUUCACUUAGGGCUAGUUUUUCAAAUUUAGCACUUUUUAAAGAAAGGAAACAAUGCUCAACAAAACCAAAUACGUAGCUCAGACAAUGUGUUUAGUGGUAUGUAAGUAGUUUAAAGUUGCUAUUACUUAAGUAAAGUUACUUACAAAGUUUUUUUUUUUCUUCUUCCAGAAAACAUCCUGAGAAAAUAGAGGUUCUGAUUUUGGUCUUUCUUUUGCUGUUUUUGGGGUAAUUUAGAAUUUUUAAAGACAUGUUCAAUCAGGAUAUAAAUUCCAUAUACAUGCACCCUGGGAAGAAACUUUAGACUUAAAUUUGAAGAUCCUUCAAUUUUAUAGAUUUAUUAAAAAUAGAAAUACCUUUAAUUGGUUUUACAAAAAAUGAUCCUUUAUAAUAGCUACACAACAUGAAGGGAUCUGUCAGGAUAACAAACAUCUUAUGUGUCCCUGUGACAGAGGUCGAAUGAUCCUUGGUGUUAGAUCUCCCUCUUGACCUGUGAGGGCACUGUGUAAAAGGAACAGAGUACCCUUAACUAAAUGGCACGACAAUUUAUUCCUUAGGGUAGGUGGUAUCCAAACUCAAUGACCCAGACAGUAAAUGGCGUGGCAUCUGAGGAUUGGAGGAGCGGAUGCGCUUGUUAACCUAGGGGUCAUGAGUGAGGGUAUAAAUAGGGGACCUAGUGUAAGUGAUAUUUUCCUUUGUAAAUGGUUAGAGAAAGAACCAAAAGGAAACCCUGCAAAUUGUGAGAACCAUGAGUGUUGUAUUUGUUAGUCUGUCUUGUUUUGUUUGUGUCAUUUUAAGACUACUAACACUAUCCGGAGCUGCAGCCGCAGGCCAGCAACAAAUCCGGACACCAGCACUUCCCUGUUUCACACGAGCACUAGUUUCACGCACUAAAUAAACACUGUGUUUGUAUUCUGUGUUACAUGUGGGUGAGGAAAGAACUUGGACUUUUGUUAUUUGGUUUCGGGUCAAACCCGAGGAUUACAAACUAAGUGAUACACGCCGUUGUAUCACUGCCAUCAUUCAUUAUUUACAGGUGUUUGCCCUAAGGCUCUGGACAUUGUAUAAUAAAUCAAUAAACACCCUCGCACCUGAAAAAUCAUUGACUGUGUGUUCUUGUAUCCACUCUGCACUGCACGCACCUGUAAUCAAUCACCACUUUGCCACAGUCCCUAAUUUUAAAAAUUCCAUUCUAGGGGUAGACAUCAGGAUUUAUGAGGUUUAACCCUUAAUCCAAUGUAAGAUGGCAAGCUCUUUACCACACAGGCCUUGCGCAUGCACCUAGCAGGGUUCUAUUGUUUGUAAACAGUGAUCAAGUCCAUUUUAUCCUGAUUCUUUAAUUCUGCACAAACAAUUGUAAGAUACUGAUGUUAAUAAAUAAUCCAAGUAAGUGUCUACAUGAUAUGGUAAUUGCGGAUCCCUGAGGUUCAAAUGUGCGUAUGAUGGAAAAUUCGCUUAC